UGUACCUUUUCCUGCUUCCCUUUACUUACUUCUCUUCUCUUCUCUUCUCUCUUCUUCUUCACAAAGAUUCAGAAACGUUCUUCAUCUCUUCAAAUCCCUAAGAUUCCCCCAAAAAAAGUAGAUCAAUCAAGCUAUGCAAAACUCUUCCGCACGACCCGCUACAGGUUACCCAUACCCAAAUCCACAACAACCGCCACCCGCCGCUUCCACCAACGGCUACCCUAACCCCGGAGCCGCUUACCCUUACCAAAACCAUAACCCAUACUACGCUCCCCAACAACCCAAUCCACGCGCCGUCCUUAUCCGUCGUCUCUUCAUCGUCUUCAUGGCGUUUCUCCUGAUCUUAGGUCUCAUCCUCUUCAUCUUCUUCUUCGUCGUUCGUCCCCAGUUACCAGACGUUUACCUCAACUCCCUCUCCGUCUCCAAUUUCAACGUCUUGAACAAUCAAGUCUCUGGCAAAUGGGAUCUUCAGGUCCAGAUUCGAAACCCUAAUUCGAAGAUGUCACUCUACUACGAUACUAUCCUCUGCGCUCUGUAUUAUCACCGUGCAUCUCUUUCUGAAACGAGGCUGCAGCCGUUUGAACAAGGUAAGAAGGAUCAGACCGUGGUUAAUGCUACGCUCUCUGUUUCGGGGACUUAUGUGGAAGGACGCUUGGCUGAUGAUAUUGGGAAAGAGAGAGGUGCCAAGGGUAGCGUUGAGUUUGAUCUGAGGAUGAUCUCUUCUGUUACUUUCCGGUACGGUGCUUUCCGGAGGAGGAGAUUUGUGACUGUUUAUUGCGAUGAUGUUGCUGUUGGUGUUCCUGUGAGUAGUGGUUCGGGGAAGAUGGUUGGUCCAGCUCAGAGAUGCAAAACUUAUUGAGCCUUUUAGUGAGUUUGAGUUUGUUUCUUCCUCUUAGGGGAUGAUUUGUUACUUAACCAAUCUUUUUUUAAUUCUCGAUUCCUUGUAAAUCGACUAUGUUCUUUGAUGGAAAACAAAAGUAAAAGAUUCAGCCUUUUUUAGCUUUCUCAUUA